UGCUCUCCUAAAUUUUCGUCAUAUCAUUUCAUUAUUUAUUACGUUUUCAAUGAACAUUCCUUCGGUGUCCAUUUUUUAUGUAACCCAGCGCGUUAUUUACUAUGGACUGUGGUAAAGCGUCCCCAAACUUUAGCAUCAUUUGACCCGCUCUGUAUCGACUAAUUAUUAUUGUAAUAUCGAUAUGCUCCGACGUUACUAUGAAAACAGUAAUUUUUCGUAUAAAAGUCUCUCCGUGCACUCGCGGCAAGCAGAUAAACAACCUUUUACUUUUUAUCUUCUAUAAAUCAAUGGAAUACGGGAUGAGCGAACAAAGUGAGACCAUCACCGGCGUUCCAUAAAGGGACGACAGGGUCACCAUAAGCAGUUGCAUCACUCGCUGCAAAUCUGAACAACGGUCCCGCUGUCACUUUGUCAUUCCAGUCGCAAACUGCACUUGAAGAAGAACUUGCAUGAGCCUGCUCAUCGGUGACUCGCAACAUGACCGACCGUCGAGCCAGGUUCGUGAGUCUUUCGCUGCUUUUUCUCCUGACUGCUGCAGCGGGCACGGAUGAGGUGAAGCCUUACGAAUUCUCGUUCAAUAUUGAGGAUUUUCAGCAUCGUUACGAGAAAAAAGACUCCUCGGGAAUCGUCACCGGAGAAUACGGUUUUAUAACUGCCGAUGGAGUUUACCACGAAACUGGCUAUGCUACCGACGAAAAUGGUAAUUUCAUCAUAACGAAGAUGAAGAAUCGCAAAAUAACGAGUCUACAAGUUGCACAGGAGAUUUUCAAAGGCAAACCUGAAGUGGCUAAGAGGGUGAUCGAAGUCCUGGCCAAAUCGUGCAGCGGCUGCGGCAUCCCUGUGGAAAAACCACCGGGAUUCGGACGUUCGAACUCCACUGCUGGGACACUCGGAAUGAGGCGCGGCAAUGAACUGGCUUCGAGCUCUGCAAGCGGACGAACAACCCUGCUUCGGGACGGCCAACGCGAACGGGACCUUGAAGCAGCAUCGAAGACGUCCGCGAACAAGGCUGCUCGCGAUGUCUUGGAUCCGAAGAUUCCGCGGCUGGAUAAUGAAAUAGGAAAACACCCGAGCGACUUUCAUUACCACUUCAAUUACACGAUAACUUCCCACGGCCACGAAGAGACGGGAUAUCAGGACGGGAAGAAAAAUGGCUCUUAUCGGACCCUCGGACCGAACGGCACCGACGCUCGGGUCGAGUACAUUUCAAAUGAGUUCGGUCACCAGCCGAAUAUUAGCUUCGUCAAUCGUCCAGAUGCUCUCGAUGCCGAAGAGACGCUUGCGGGCUUUGCUUUUAAGUGGAUUUUCGAAAAACGUUGACAAAUUAUUUUCAGUGAGGGUAUAGGAAUGGUAAUUAGAAUAGAUGAAAAACAUGCUGACGAUGCAUUUAAAAGGCAGAAUAACAAAAGCGUAAUUUGCAAAAUCAAUACAACGCAAUAUUUCUUCGCUUUGCGCAUAAACUACAAAUCAGUAUUUCUCCCAUUAAAAAAAUGUUUUUCUUCUCUCGAAAUAUAUCCUUGAAACUAU